ACAGUUUGUAAAUAUAUGAAUAAAAUGAAAAAAGCAUGGCCCUAAGUUUUUUCUUAUUACCCUGUUACAAAUCAUACAAAUUUGUCACAAAUAUGUGUCAUUAGUUAACAAAUCAUACAGAAAUAACAGCUGAUCUGAGUAAUUACUAGGAAUCAAAAUCAAGUGACCUUGGCUGAAUAUUUCCACAAGCACCUUCAUGUUAAUCAUCGACUAUAGCUGCAUCAUGUAGGCCCACACUCCUCCAUACAGCACCCAAAAAUGGCAGGUGCUCAGUACAUGAUCCAGGGAUUGGUGGAUGGGCAGCAAGUCAAAGCUUAUAAGUGCUGUCCCAGGCCAGAUCAGCUUCACUGCCAACAUGAAGGUCCUCCUGCUUUUUGGAUUGGUGGCUGUCGCCCUGGCUGACAUUGCACGCUUUGAGGGAGAUCAACUCCUCCGUCUGAAGCCUGCGCUUGACGAUCAUGUGAUGCUCAUUAAGGAGCUGGCUAACAGCAUCCAGGUCGAUUUCUGGAGGCCAGAGAGCCCUGAGCUGGUGAAAGUAAACAGCGAGGUGGAUAUCCGUGUGCCUGCCAUGUACAUUGAUAUGGUGUACACCAUCCUGCAGCAGAAUGACAUGGAGCAUGAGGUCCUUAUCGUGAAUCUACAGACUGCUGUUGAUGCCCAGAAUGACAACAAGCCUUCUCCCAGAACCCACAGCUACACCAAGUACAACAGCUGGGACAAAAUCCAGUCAUGGAUUGCCUCCAUCUCAUCCUCCAAUCCUGGUUUAAUCAGCAAGCAGGUGAUUGGAAGCACCUAUGAGGGACGCCCUAUGACUCUCCUCAAGCUUGGUAAGAUGUCCAGCUCCACCAAGCCUGCUAUCUUUAUGGACUGUGGUAUUCAUGCUAGAGAGUGGAUCUCUCCUGCUUUCUGCCAGUGGUUUGUCAUGGAGGCCCUGUCCACAUACGGCACUGAUGCUCAGAUGACUAGCCUGCUCGACCAGAUGGACGUCUUUGUUCUGCCCGUCUUUAACAUUGAUGGCUAUGACUACACUCACAAGACCAACAGAAUGUGGAGGAAAACUCGCUCCAGGAACUCUGGAUCCAGCUGCAUUGGAACUGAUCCCAACAGGAACUGGAAUGCUGGAUGGUGUACCGUUGGAGCCUCCAGCAACCCCUGCAGUGACACAUUCUGUGGACAAACCCCUGAGUCUGAGAUCGAGGUCAAGAAUGUUGCUGACUUCAUUCGCAGGAACAAGUCCAUCAUCAAGUCCUACAUCACCGUUCAUUCCUAUUCACAGCUGCUGCUCUUCCCCUACUCCUACACCUAUGACCUGGCGGCAGACCACAGUGAGCUGCUGAAGGUUGCUGAGGGAGCUUCUGUUGCUCUGAAUAGUCUGCAUGGCACCAGAUACACCAUCGGACCUGGUGCUGCAACCAUCUACCUCGCUGCUGGAGGCUCUGAUGACUGGGCCUACGACCUGGGAGUGAAAUAUUCCUACACCUUCGAGUUGCGUGACACUGGUCGUUAUGGCUUCCUGCUGCCCGAGUCUCAGAUCAAGCCCACGUGCGAGGAGACCAUGCUGGCUGUCAAGUACAUCGCCGCCUACGUGCAGAAGAACCUCUAUUAAAGAGGAAACUGCCAGGACCCCUGCCAAUUCAGAUCCUCUGUACCAGUCUCUAGCCUCUCCAACCUCUCAGCCAUCUCUAGUCCGUAUCCAUGGAUACGGGCACCACCCGGCACGUUUCCUGGCUGUGCUUGACAGAGUGUCUAGAUGAGUGCAAACAAUAAAAUCAAUGAUCCAUCCCCA